AUGCUCAAGGGGCUUGGAGAGCUCAAGCGGUUAGAGUUUCUCCCUCCCGGAGCCAUUCGCGAUGAAUUUCAAAAAGAGUCCCCGGGCACCACCGUCAUCCCCGAAGAGAAUUCGGCCAAGACGCGCGUCGACGAUGUCCCCGACGCCGCCAACGAAAAGUCUUCCCUUGAGCAGCCUCGCCCCGGCUCUUCCUUGAACGAAAAGGCCGCCUCGACCAAAAGCGAGACUGCCAACGCGGCUGAAAAUGGCGAAGAAGAAGACACCUCUAGCUACCUCACGGGCGCGAAGCUCAUGGCCCUCAUUGGGUCGCUGUGCCUCGUCAUCUUCCUCGUUGCUCUCGAUCAGACCAUCAUUGCGCCUGCUUUGGGUGCCAUCACCGCCGAGUUCCAAAGUGUCAAGGACAUUGGUUGGUAUGGUUCCGCCUACUUUCUCACUACGACGGCCCUUCAGCCCAUGUUCGGUAACAUCUACAAACGUUUUAAUAUCAAGUGGGCGUUUCUGGGUGCCGUUUUCAUUUUCGAAGUGGGCAGCUUGAUUUGCGCUGUGGCUAAGAACUCGACCACCUUUAUCGUUGGCCGUGCCAUCGCUGGUAUUGGAACUGCGGGCAUGUUUUCUGGUGGUAUCAUUAUUCUAGCAAACUCUAUGCCCCUGAGACAACGACCUCUUGCUUUUGGUGUUAUUUCUAGCAUGUGGGGUAUUGCAAGUGUUGCCGGUCCCCUUCUCGAUCUGCCCAUCGGUGGUCUUGCCAUGGUUGCCAUCUUCUUCAUUCUUAACAUCAAGCGCAAUAACAACCCCGAAAACAUCUCGUUCAUCCGCCGCGUUCUCCAGCUCGACCUCCCGGCACCGCCGUCUCUCUACUUCCAAGCGAUCAAGGGCGACUCGGCCGUCCAGGCUGGCAUCAAGCUCAUUCCCCUCCUCCUCGCCGUUGUCAUCUCGUCCAUGAUCGGUGGAGGACUCAUCACUUACAUUGGCUACUACAACCCCGUCGUCAUCCCCUGCAUGGUCCUGGCAACCGUCGGAGCUGGUAUGCUCACCACCCUCGAUGUCGACAGCCCCCUCCGAGAAUGGUUCGGCUACCAAGUUCUUUGCGGCUUGGGUAUAGGUCCUGGUUUCCAGGUCGGCGUGCUCGUCAUUCAAACCAUCAUGAGCAUGGAUGAUGUGCCCGUCGCCACUGCCUGCGUGCAGUUUGGCCAAGCCCUCGGUGGCGCCGUCUUCAUUGCCGUGGCUCAAACGCUCUUCCAGAACGGCCUCAUCGACGAGAUUCAAGCCCACCCCCUCUCCAAUGGCCAGUCCAUCAACCCUUUGAUCUUCAUCAACAGCGGCGCCUCAGAAGUGAGGACUAUUCUCGAGAGCCAGAAUCUCGGAGAUACCAUCCCCAUGGUGCUCGAGGCGUACAUGACGGGGUUGAGGAAUACCUUCUACAUCUCUGUUGCCGGUACUGGCAUCGCCUUCUUCUUGUCCCUCGCUCUUAGCUGGAAGAGCAUCAAGGGCAAGGGUGCCUCACCUGCCGCUGUUUAA